AUGGAGAGCAUCAAUCCAACAGAUAUGGCCAUGACAAUACAGCCUACGAUUUUUCCACGUGUGGGCUAUAGCAUAAUUUCGUACCUCAUGUUUAUAAACACAUUACUUUCUGUGUUUAAUAACUUGUUGGUGAUCACCGUAAUGCUUAAAAAUAAGCAUUUUCUCAAUGCGAUGAACAUCAUCAUACUCAGCCUUGCUGUGUCAGAUCUAAUGAUUGCCACAUGCGGUUCUGCGAUUGUCACCAUCACAAAUUAUGAAGGAUCUUUCUUUUUAGGGCAUGCAUUCUGUGUUUUUCAGGGUUUCGCAGUGAACUACUUUGGUCUGGUGUCUCUGUGGACACUUACCCUACUGGGAUAUGAGCGAUACAAUGUUGUCUGCAAACCCAUGGCAGGCUUUAAGCUGGACAUCCGCAGGAGCUGGUUGGGUCUGAUAUUCGUCUGGACCUAUUGCCUCUUCUGGGCCAUCCCACCGCUGCUGGGCUGGAGCUCGUAUGGGCCAGAGGGUGUCCAGACUUCCUGCUCUCUAGGCUGGGAGGAAAGGUCCUGGAGCAACUACAGUUACCUCAUCUUCUACACCAUUUUCUGCUUCAUCCUACCCACUUCUAUCACUGUAUACUGCUACUGUAAUGUCCUUAUCUUCAUGAAGAAGAUCAACAAAAGCAUUGAGCUUCAGGGAGGUAAAAACAGCCUGCAGGAAAAUGAGCAUGCGGCCCAGAUGGUCUUAGCCAUGAUAAUAGCCUUCUUUAUCUGUUGGCUGCCUUACACGGCCAUCUCGGUUGUUGUAGUUGUGGCUCCAGAGAUUUACAUCCCACCUCUGGUGGCCACCAUGCCUAUGUACUUUGCCAAGACCAGCCCUGUUUACAAUCCUAUCAUCUACUUCCUGACUAACAAACGGUUCCGAGAAGCCUCUCUGGAAAUACUGUCUUGUGGUCAAUACAUCCCCAGAGACACUGACGCAGGCAGUCUAAAGAUGUGCUCAUCGCAGAAGAGCAGCAGGGUCAUUCCAGUCUGAUCUGAGGUGGAGGUUUUUCAAGAGGUGGAAAUGUUAACCGUGUCUUUGGUCUGCAUGACAUCUCUCACUAACCCGAUCAUCUACGCAGCAGUCAACCCUCAGUUUCGUACAGAAUUUCACAAUCUGAAGACUAAAUGGAAAGC